AUGGCAUUGUUGCCGGGCUACUCACGGCGAUUGCUACUCCGUGCCAAUCGGAGUUUUCAACGGGACCGCUAUGCUAUAACUGUUAAGUUGCGUCGCUAUGUGAUACUACCAAAUCAUCAGGCUGAACAUCAAACCGUUCGACGUCAUAUUCGCUCAUGCUUCUCCCGAGUCAGCUGCUUUCUCCUUCCCCACCCGGGUUUGAAAGUAGCCACCAAUCCGACGUUUGAUGGCCGGUUGUCCGAUAUCGACCCGGAAUUUGUGAACGAGCUCCGCAUCUUCGUACCUACAGUUCUAUCCCCGUCCAGUUUGCAAAUGAAAAAGAUCAACGGAGAGACCAUUAACUGUCGUGAAUGGCUCACCUAUUUCAAAGCGUAUAUGGAAAUCUAUCAAGGCGACACAUUACCCGAGCCCCGUUCAAUGCUUGAAGCCACGGCUGAGGCAAAUAACUUGAAUGCGAUCAUGAAAUGUCAGGAAUACUACACGGAAGAAAUGAACAAGGUUUGCGGCCCAGACAAACCGUAUGUGAAUCCACAGGACCUAGAAGCGGCGCAUACUCGAGCAUUCAACGCAGCCGUGCAAAAAUUCAGUGGGAUCCGGAAAAUGGGCGGGGAAUCGUACUCCGCUACCUAUCUGGAACGAUUGAAGAAUCAACUGACACAGUUAGCCAACGAAUAUCGACUGGCCAAUACGAAUAAAAAUAUCUUCCAAACUUUUCGUACUCCGGCGGUGCUUGCCGUGAUGCUGUUCAUCUUCUACGUGGUGACCGGAAUCUCCGAAUUCAUUGGUCUCUCCUCCGUAACAAACAUGUUCUUGGUUCCAUUCUAUAUGGCUCUAGUCACAUUGUUCACUUGGCUUUUCCUCAACUAUACGGGACGUGCUCCUGAAGUUGCUCAGGCAAUUGACAAUACGGCCGACCUGGUUGUGCAAAAUGUUAUGAUUCCCGUGGUUCAGCGUAUCGGAAAACGGGGCGUGGAACACAUGAUCGGUACUGAAUUGCCUCGACAAAUGUCUAAUUCACGGUAA